AAGAAUCCCAAACAAACACCUCGAAGUUUCUUCCUCCGCCGCAUAAGCCUAACAACUACAACCGAAGCCGUCAUCUUUUCCUCUUGAUCGAUCCAUCCAUCGUCGAUUGCUCUCUCUAGAAAAGAGAUGUCGAGGAGGCAGAGCAGCUACAAGCAGCAGCAUGACUUCGAGAAGAGGAAGGCCGAGUCGCAGAGGAUUAAGGAGAAAUACCCCGGUAGAGUUCCGGUGAUUGUGGAGAAGGCGGAGAGAAGCGACGUGCCAAAUAUUGACAAGAAAAAGUAUUUGGUUCCCGGAGAGAUUACACUUGGGCAGUUUGUCUAUGUUAUUCGCAAGAGAAUAAAUUUAAGCGCAGAGAAAGCCAUAUUUAUGUUCGUAGACAAUGUGCUUCCAUCAACUGGAGCAAUGAUGUCCCAACUUUAUGAUGAUAAGAAAGAUGAAGAUGGGUUCCUUUACUUUCUCUACAGUGGAGAGAACACCUUCGGAAGCCAGAAUAUGCAGUAGAUCAUUUAGGAUUAUGCCACCAACACAGUUCCCUCCAUUGGCUAACUGUUGUACAUAUUGCCAAUACCGUAUAAUAAUUAUGGAGUCUGCUGAUAUUUUAUCCUCUGGUUCUGAGAAUUCUGUAUGGUCAUACGGAAAUAGUUCUAGUUUUAUCGUAUCGUUUAUGCAUUUCCUUUUAUCUUA